UGUGAAAGCAAGAAGCAGGCUCGGGGCUCCCCCUCCUCUCCUCUCUCUCUCUCUCUUUUUUUCCCCUCCUCUCUCUCCCUCUCCCUCUCUCUCUCUCCCCCUCUCUCUCUCCCUCUCUCCCCGCACACGCACACCUCCAAACCGCAGCCCCCCGCAGCAGUCAUGUAUUCUCCGCUCUGUCUCACCCAGGAUGAAUUUCAUCCCUUCAUUGAAGCACUUCUGCCUCACGUCCGAGCAUUUGCAUACACAUGGUUCAACCUGCAAGCCCGAAAAAGAAAAUACUUCAAAAAACAUGAAAAACGCAUGUCAAAAGAGGAAGAGAGAGCCGUGAAGGACGAACUGCUAAGUGAAAAACCCGAGGUAAAGCAAAAAUGGGCAUCCAGACUUCUGGCAAAGCUCCGGAAAGAUAUCAGGCCUGAAUUUCGGGAGGAUUUUGUUCUCACAGUCACAGGAAAAAAGCCUCCGUGUUGCGUUCUUUCCAAUCCAGACCAGAAGGGCAAGAUGAGAAGAAUUGACUGCCUUCGCCAGGCAGAUAAGGUCUGGAGGUUGGACCUUGUUAUGGUGAUUUUAUUUAAAGGUAUUCCGCUUGAAAGUACUGAUGGCGAGCGCCUUGUAAAGUCCCCACAGUGCUCUAACCCCGGGCUGUGCGUACAGCCCCACCAUAUAGGAGUUUCUGUUAAGGAACUCGAUUUAUAUUUGGCAUACUUUGUGCACGCAGCAGAUUCAAGUCAAUCUGAAAGUCCCAGCCAGCCAAGUGAAGCUGAUAUUAAGGACCAGCCAGAAAAUGGACAUUUGGGCUUCCAGGACAGUUUUGUCACAUCAGGUGUUUUCAGUGUGACUGAGCUAGUAAGAGUCUCACAAACACCAAUAGCUGCAGGAACAGGCCCUAAUUUCUCCCUCUCAGAUUUGGAAAGUUCUUCAUACUACAGCAUGAGCCCAGGAGCAAUGAGGAGGUCUUUACCUAGCACAUCCUCUACCAGCUCUACAAAACGUCUCAAAUCUGUGGAGGAUGAGAUGGACAGUCCUGGUGAGGAGCCAUUUUAUACAAGCCAAGGGCGCUCUCCAGGAAGUGGCAGCCAGUCAAGUGGAUGGCAUGAAGUGGAGCCAGGAAUGCCAUCGCCAACUACAUUAAAGAAGUCAGAGAAGUCUGGUUUCAGCAGUCCCUCGCCUUCGCAGACCUCCUCCCUUGGAACGGCUUUCACACAGCACCAUCGACCUGUCAUUACAGGACCCAGAGCAAGUCCACAUGCAACACCAUCGACUCUUCAUUUUCCAACAUCACCCAUUAUUCAACAGCCUGGGCCAUACUUCUCACACCCAGCAAUCCGCUAUCAUCCUCAGGAGACUCUGAAAGAGUUUGUCCAACUUGUCUGCCCCGACGCUGGUCAGCAGGCUGGACAGGUGGGGUUCCUAAAUCCCAAUGGUAGCAGCCAAGGCAAGGUGCACAAUCCAUUCCUUCCUACCCCAAUGUUGCCACCACCACCUCCGCCACCAAUGGCUAGGCCUGUGCCUCUGCCAGUGCCAGACACAAAACCUCCAACUACAUCAACAGAAGGAGGGGCCACCUCUCCCACUUCUCCAAUCCUGGUACCUGGGAUAAAAGUCUCCGCUUCCCACCACCCACCAGACAGACCACCAGACCCCUUCCCACCUCUGUAACAUGGAAGCAGCAGCAACGCAGCGCAGCGACUUCACAUCAGUGGAAGGGGAGGCAAGCAGACACCGACAGCAAACUAGUACAUGGAAAUGGCAAACGUUAUGGUUGAAUGGCAAAGGCCGUAACUUUUUUGAGAUUUUAUUUUGUUGGGGUUUUUUUCCUAGACAACUUAGGACUGUUGUAAUUUCUCAUAUGGUGCUGGAAAUGGUUGGGCUUCAUAACUUUUGAAGUGUUUCAUUGGUAGUGUAAGCAUUAGGUGACACUGAGUAGAACUAGCCUCUGCUGCUGCUUACCAACUCGCUGUUGUAACACACUUUCCAUAUGGAGCCUAACUGUUUUACAGUAUCCUCAUCGAUUUUUCCCAUACAGGUGUGAGACUUCUUGAGAAAUCAUGAAACACACUUAAACUAUAACUUUUGUAGUAGCUGAAUUCUGCAAUAUAUAACUUACCAGACAGACAUAGAGCAUGUUUUUCUGUAACAUAUCGGCAAAAAAAAAU